CGGCUUUGUUCGCUUUGUCUGCCGAGAAGGUCACCAUCCCGGGAGCGCGCCCUCCCCCCUCGCCGCACCAGCUUUGACAACAUGCCUCCGUUUCUGUGUCUGCCAGCUGUCUGCAUUCUCCUCUUCUACACAGUGUCCCCGUCCAUCUCUCUUCAAGAAUUCUCUGUGAGCAAGGAGACCAUCGGGAAGAUUGCAGUGGCCAGCAAAUUGAUGUGGUGCUCGGCAGCUGUCGACGUCCUGUUCCUGUUAGAUGGCUCUCACAGUGUUGGGAAAGGGAGCUUCGAGAGAUCCAAGCGCUUUGCCAUGGCCGUCUGUGACGCUCUGGACAUCAGCCCCGGGAGGGUCAGGGUGGGAGCCUUGCAGUUUGGUUCCACUCCUCAUCUGGAAUUCCCCUUGGACUCCUUUUCUACCCGACAGGAAGUGAAGGCAAACAUCAAGGGAAUCGCUUUCAAAGGCGGACGCACAGAGACAGGCCUUGCUCUGAAGAGCCUGCACAGAGGGUUCCCGGGAGGCAGACAUGGUGCUGUGCCCCAGCUCCUCAUCAUUGUCACGGAUGGCAAGUCCCAGGGGCCCGUGGCUCUGCCUGCUAAGCAGCUGAAAGAGCGGGGCAUCCUUGUGUUCGCCGUAGGAGUCCGGUUCCCCAGGUGGGACGAGCUGUUCACCCUGGCCAGUGAGCCAAAGGAGCAGCACGUGCUGUUUGCUGAGCAAGUGGAGGAUGCCACCAAUGGCCUCCUCAGCACCCUGAGCACCUCAGCGCUCUGCACCUCUGCUGAUCCAGAUUGCAGGGUGGAAGCUCACCCCUGUGAGCACAAGACACUGGAGACCAUCAGGGAACUGGCUGGCCAUGCCCUGUGCUGGAGGGGGUCGAGGCAGGCAGAUGCUGUCCUGGCUGUGCGCUGUCCCUUCUACAGCUGGAAGAGAGUGUUCCAGACACACCCCGGCACCUGCUACAGAACCAUCUGUCCAGGCCCCUGUGACUCCCAGCCCUGCCAAAACGGAGGCACAUGCAUUCCAGAAGGUGUGGAUAGGUACCACUGCCUCUGCCCGCUGGCAUUCGGAGGAGAGAUCAACUGUGCCCCGAAGCUGAGCCUGGAAUGCCGGAUCGACAUCCUCUUCCUGCUGGACAGUUCUGCGGGCACCACCCUGGAGGGCUUCCUGCGGGCCAAGGCUUUUGUGAAGCGCUUCACGCAAGCCGUGCUGAGUGAGGACUCUCGUGCCCGUGUUGGGGUGGCCAGUUACAGCAGGGACCUGAUAGUGGCCGUGCCUGUUGGGGAGUACCAGGAUGUGCCAGACCUGGUCAGGAGCCUUGACAGCAUCCCCUUCCGUGGCGGCCCAACGCUGACUGGCAGUGCCCUGCUGCAGGUGUCGGAGCAUGGCUUUGGGAGUGCCAGCAAGACAGGCCAGGACAGGCCACGCAGAGUUGUGGUUCUGCUCACCGAGUCACACUCCCAUGAUGAGGUGGCCGGGCUGGCAGAUCACGCAAGGGCCCGGGAGCUGCUCCUCCUGGGCGUGGGCAGUGAGAUGGUGCAGGCGGAGCUGGAGGAGAUAACCGGCAGCUCGAAGAAUGUGAUCGUCUACACGGACCCUCAGGACCUAUUCAGCCAGAUCCCGGAGCUGCAGAGGAGGCUGUGCAGCCAGCCACGACCAGGCUGCCAAGUGCAGUCACUGGACCUGGUGUUCCUGCUGGAUGCCUCUGCCUCCGUGGGACCUGAGAACUUCGCGCAGAUGCAGGCGUUCAUCAGGAAAUGCACCCUCCGUUUUGAUGUGAACCCUGAUGUGACACAGGUGGGCCUGGUGGUCUAUGGCAGCCAGGUGCAGACAGCCUUUGGACUGGACACCCAUUCCACCCGCGCCGCCGUGUUGCGGGUCAUGAGCCAGGCUCCCUACCUAGGGGGUGUGGGGUCCGCUGGCACAGCCCUGCUGCACAUCGACGACAAGGUGAUGACCGUCCAGAGGGGCGCCCGCCCUGGUGUCCCCAAGGCUGUGGUGAUGAUCACAGGUGGGAGUGGGGUGGAAGAUGCAGCUGUCCCUGUCCAGAAGCUGAGGAGCAAUGGCAUCUCCGUCUUGGUUGUGAGCGUGGGGGCUGUCGUCAGGGAGGCUGUGCGGAGGCUCGCUGGUCCCCGGGACUCCCUGAUCCAUGUGGCAGCUUACACAGACCUACGGUACCAUCAGGACGCACUCACUGAGUGGAUAUGUAGAGAAGCCAAGCGGCCAGUCAACCUCUGCAAACCCAGCCCAUGUAUGAAUGAAGGCACCUGUGUCCUGAAGAACGGCAGUUACCGCUGCGAGUGUCGGGGUGGCUGGGGAGGCCCCCACUGUGAGAACCGAAUCUUGAGAGGCGAUGCUCCCAUGGCAGAGUCCACAGGAAGACAGCAGCCAACCCCCUCCCAGCAAGCUCCCAGGCAUCUCAGAAUCUGAAAGACACUGUCUAUGGCCCAGUGUACCUCCUGGGGUCCUGGAACAGCUGCUUCCAGCUCUAAGCAGUGCUGUCCUGCCCCCAAGCCUCUGCCACAGAGAACUGUGCUGCUUGGGACAUUGGAAACUCCUAACGUGUCAGUAUUUAU